GUCAGGAUUCCGGCUCUUCGUAAACAAAUGGCUGCUGCUCGUCUGAACUUGACAAACUUGAAACUCCUUCGACCAGAAGGAUCGCCGAGCCCAAAGUCUCCAGAGUGACUCAGCGGUUCGUUCGCGGUUCCUCAUCCACACCAAGAACGUUGACCGGAAACAGCAGCCAAACUUCUCACCGCUUAGCCCCCAGGCUAGCAUCAGGCGCUAAAGGAGCGGCUAACACUUUACAUUUUAGUGCUGAAGCGCGUGCACGCUCCCUGCGUGAAUGCGCUCCUCUUCGCGCGGUUGCUCUGCUCCUGAGUCCCGCAGCCUUUGCCGCUCCGUCCCCGCAGAGCAGAGGCUGCCAUGAGCCGGUCUGCGGCCUGACCGGAGGACCAUGGCUGCGGACCUGCUGUUCGGGAAGAAGCCGCCGUCCUCCACCGGAACCACCGCCGCCGUGCAGCGGUACCAGCAGCAGAACGUCACCAACAACAACACGUCCGCCGCGCAGAGCUGCGGGAGCUGGCAGGGCCUGUACCCCACCAUCCGCGAGAGGAACUCCGUCAUGUUCAACAACGAAAUGAUGGCCGAUGUUCACUUUGUGGUCGGACCACCGGGCGGGACUCAGCGGGUUCCAGGACACAAGUACGUUCUGGCCGUCGGCAGCUCCGUGUUCCACGCCAUGUUCUACGGAGAACUGGCCGAGGACCAGGAGGAGAUCCGGAUCCCUGACGUGGAGCCGCCGUCCUUCCUGGCCAUGCUGAAGUACAUCUACUGCGACGAGAUCGACCUCUGUGCCGACACGGUUCUCGCCACCCUCUACGCUGCCAAGAAGUACAUCGUGCCCCACCUGGCGCGCGCCUGCGUCAGCUUCCUGGAGACCAGCCUGAGCGCCAGGAACGCCUGCGUGCUGCUGUCGCAGAGCUGCCUGUUCGAGGAGCCCGACCUGACGCAGCGCUGCUGGGAGGUGAUCGACGCGCAGGCCGAGCUGGCGCUGCGCUCCGAGGGCUUCUGCGACAUCGACGCGCAGACGCUGGAGAGCAUCCUGCUGCGCGAGACGCUCAACGCCAAGGAGAUGGUGGUGUUCGAGGCGGCGCUGAACUGGGCCGAGGCCGAGUGCCAGCGGCGCGAGCUCCCGCCCACCAUCGAGAACAAGCGGCUGGUUCUGGACAAGGCCAUCUACCUGAUCCGCAUCCCCACCAUGGCUCUGGAGGACUUCGCCAACGGGGCGGCGCAGUCCGGCGUGCUGACGCUCACCGAGACCAACGACAUCUUCCUGUGGUACACGGCCUCCAACAAGCCGGAGCUGCUGUUCUGCUCCAAACCCCGCAAAGGCCUGGCGCCGCAGCGCUGCCACCGCUUCCAGUCCUGCGCCUACCGCAGCAACCAGUGGCGGUACCGCGGCCGCUGCGACAGCAUCCAGUUCGCCGUGGACAAGCGCAUCUUCAUCGCCGGCUUCGGCCUGUACGGCUCCAGCUGCGGCUCCGCCGAGUACAGCGCCAAGAUCGAGCUGAAGCGGCAGGGCGUGGCCAUGGCCCAGCGGGUCAUCAAGUACUUCUCGGACGGCUCCAGCAGCACCUUCCCCGUCUGGUUCGACUACCCGGUCCAGAUCGAGCCGGACACCUUCUACACGGCCAGCGUGGUUCUGGACGGAAACGAGCUGAGCUACUUCGGCCAGGAGGGCAUGACGGAGGUGCAGUGCGGCAAGGUCACCUUCCAGUUCCAGUGCUCCUCGGACAGCACCAACGGCACCGGGGUGCAGGGGGGGCAAAUCCCCGAGCUCAUCUUCUAUGCCUGAGGCGGGCGGGGGGGCCGGGGCGCUGUAAACUCACUGCUGAGCAGGGGAGGCGUCACCCUUUGAGGGGUACCUGCUCCGCUGUUGGCUGAAGGUUCUGGAUCAGAACCGGCUCCCCCUGCUCCCCCGGGUGCCUCCUCCUCAGCGGCAGGGAGACGGGGCUGGAGCAGAUCUCCCUAUGAGAGCCUGGAGUUGCCAUGGUGACCUGUCAGGCCAGCAGGUCAGGAGCUGCCGUGACGUUUGGUCCUCUGAAAGAUUGUCAUCAGUUUGUUGCCUUAAAAACUUUUUGUUUUUCCUGUGUGUGAGGCGUUUCCAUGACAACAUUCCUGCCAUUUCCCACGUCUGCUGUGAUGUCAAACUAGGAUUUUUACUGAAAGGUUCACUCCUCAGUGUGCUUUUAUUUUGAAGGCUGGUGUCCUGCCUUCGGUUGUCGUACGCGUCUCCGUUUAACCUCCGUCCAUCACUGCCGGUUCCCGCCGUGUUGCGGUGAGUCGGCGGCCUUCUCGCCGUUUAGCACAAACGGAGAUGAAGGCUCUUUUGGUUUUGCUGGCUGUGACGUCACAUUUCCAUCUUUUAUGAAUGAAGUUGUUUUUCUAUCUCAGUGGGAGUUUGGUAAUAAAACACGUCUGUAGAAAACACUUGUCGUUUUGGAGGAAAGUCUUUACAUUUCUGGUUUUAAUUUUCACUCAUUUUCACCUCAUGCUUAGAUUUCUUUUGUCUUUUCUAAAUUAAUUUUAUGACGCGCGUUCACGCAGCUCCAUGUAGCAGAUUCAUGGAAAACAUAGGAAACGCUGACCCGUUACAUCAGAAAAACUAAUGAAGGAAUAUUAUUUGGGGGGGUUUGAAGACGAUUGAUUUAGAAUCAAUGGUUGGAACUUUUAAAAUAAAAUGUUCAAAGACUUUAUGGCUAA